AAUGGUAGACACUGUGUGUUUAUUUUCAAAAAUAAUUCUGAACAAUAAUGUUGGACUCUCGCGCACUCGCCGGUGACAUCGCGCGAUGUUUUUAGUGCUAUGGCGUACCAGGAAGGGGAGACGCUUGAGUCUUGGCUCAAUAAAGCCACCCAUCCAACAAACAGACAGGAGGACUGGGAGUACAUCAUAGGCUUCUGUGAUCAGAUCAACAAGGAACUGGAAGGUCCUCAGAUAGCUGUAACACUGCUCGUCCACAAAAUCCACUCACCACAAGAAUGGGAAGCUCUUCAGGCUCUGACAGUAUUGGAGGCAUGUAUGAAGAACUGCGGGAGACGGUUUCAUAAUGAAGUCGGAAAAUACAGAUUUUUGAAUGAGCUGAUUAAAGUUGUAUCUCCAAAGUACAUGGGUGACAGUGCACCUGAGAAGGUGAAGAUGAAGAUUGUAGAGAUGCUGUACAGCUGGACAGUGGCUUUUCCAAACGAAACCAAGAUCAGCGAAGCCUACCAGACGCUGAGAAGACAGGGCCUCGUGACGCGUGACCCGGAGUUACCGCUGGACAGGACUCUGAUUCCUUCUCCUCCGACACGACCUAAACAUCCGGUGUUUGACAACGAGGACAUGGGCAAGCUGCUUGCUGAGCUUCUCCGGAGUAAAAAUCCAGAGGACCUCCAGGAAGCCAACAGACUAAUCAAAAACAUGGUGAAAGAGGAUGAGGCACGAGUGCAUAAGGUUACAAAGCGUAUACACACGCUGGAGGAGGUAAACAUCAAUGUCAAGUUGCUGACGGAGAUGCUGUCCCACUACAACAAAGACAGCUCCACUAACUCAGACAAGGAGAUAAUUAAGGAACUCUACGAGCGGUGUGACAAGCUGAGGCGUGCUGCUUUCAAAAUGGCCACUGAGACAGAGGACAAUGACGGCAGUUUAGGUGACAUCCUGCAGGCCAGCGAUGACCUCUCCAGGGUCAUCAACUCCUAUAAGAAGAUUGUUGAGGGGCAGCCCAUCAACGGCGACAGUGAAGAGCCUACAGCUGGUCACAGUGAGAGUGAGACCACAGAUACACUGAUCGACCUUGCCGGCCUUGACACUCCGAGCCCCCCUCAACCUGCCGCCCCUCCCUCUCAGCCCUCAAAUCCUGUCUCCACCAAUCCCAUGGCUUCCUCUAUCCCUGUCCUGCCUCCUCCUCCCAAACGCCAGGCUGGCUCCCAUGGCAGUCAGAGCAGCAGCCCGAGUCACCCCCCCCUCGACAAGGCCUCGGCUGCACUCUCUCUCCUCGAUGACGAGCUGCUGUCUCUAGGACUGAACGACCCCCCUACCUUUCUGAGCAGCCAGUCAAAACCCAAGUUGAACGAAUUGUCCAAUCAGUGGACUUCCUUGCAGGCUCCGGCUUCAAGUGUGGAUAUGUUUGGCAGUCUAGCUUGUUCAGGUCCAGUGGCGCCCCCAGCAGAACCAGCUGCUGCAACACAGAGUCUCCAGAACCUGCAAGACCUGGCCAUGAUAGGAUUUUCAGAUCACAAGAGUUUGUCCAGCCAGAUGAUGGCCAGAGGAAGUAGCUUUGGGAUGCCUGCAGCAGCACCUCCCCUUCUACCCCGGCAGGGCUCUCCCUCCUCACCCUCUCUUCUCCAGGGUACAAUGCCUGGCUCUCCCGCUCUGUCCCAUGCCAAGGCCCAGAGCCUGGGCUCGGCUCCGGGCAGCCCACUGUUCCGCUCUCUGUCCCCCUGCCACCCUCCCCUCCAGGGAAGCCCGGCCAGAGCCACAGACAUCUCCCUGAGCAAUGUGCAUGUCCCUCUGGAGGCCAUCAGACCAAGUAAAGUGCUGCCUGUGACGGCCUACGAUAAGGACGGUGUUCGCAUGCUCCUCAACUUUGCAUCUGACUGUCCCCCCGGCAGGCCUGAUGUGUUGGUAAUGGUGGUGUCCAUGCUCAAUACAGCACCCCUGCCUGUUCACAAUGUGGUACUGCAAGCUGCUGUCCCCAAGUCAAUGAAGGUGAAGCUGCAGCCUCCAUCAGGAACAGAACUGGCACUAUUUAACCCUAUCCUACCUCCAGCCUCUAUUACCCAGAUCAUGUUGCUGGCCAAUCCAACAAAGGAGAAGGUGCGUCUGCGCUACAAGCUGGCUUUCUCACUAGGAGACCGUCUGGUCAACGAGGUUGGAGAGGUCGACCAGUUCCCCCCUCAAGAGACAUGGGGACAUCUAUAGCAGUGCGCAGGCCUGCUACCACUCAGCAGGGACAGACUGGUCCAUGCUCCAUGAAGGGUUGUGUGUGUGUGUGUGUAUUCACAUCCAUCCCAGAGAGAAAGGAGGGGAAAUUCAGCUGCACUCUACCUUUCAGCUUCACAUUCCUUAUAGUUCAUUUGUUUGGCCAUUGUUAUUACUGGCAGUGAGAAGCCAACAGCAGACACUAACGUUUUAUUUAUACAGUGCUUGUGUACUUUUCUGCAGAUAGCUAACAAACUAAAGAUAUACACUGGAAAGUAAAACAGCCAUGGUGUUUACAGGUCAAUGGUAUUGAGAUAAAUAUUCUAGUAGAUUUUCCCCAAGAUAAAUGUAAUAGAUUUGAAUGUACUAUAAAUAAUCAGUGCAUUAGAGCUCAGACUGACAGGAUGCAUUGCAGCAUAACAAAGUAUUUUAAAAGAAAUUAACCUCUAAGUUAACAGAGCCUAAGAGACAAACAGUUGAGCUUUUUAUUUAUUCUUCUGGCUUAGCCUGCAGAAAAUAUACUUGAAUAUAUCCAGAAAUGGGAUCUAGUAGAUGAUUUAGGAUGGAGUUAAACUGGAUCUGUUAAAUGCAGCUGUUAAAGUACUGUCACAUAGUCAUUGCUGCAGGAAGAUAGUUGACUGUAAUGUAUUUAUUACAUGAUUAUUUCAGCCAUCAAGUAACUUGUGUUUUCAAUUGCUCUAGCUAAUUUAGCCCCCUUUUAGAUUAGUGGACCAACAACAUUGUGCUGUAAAGGCAGCCAACUGCACUUUACAUGGUAAUUUUUAAUUAUGAAUAUGUCGUAUGACUUAAGUCCACUGAGUCCAACUCUGGUUUUAUUUCAUGGAUCAGUUUUUUUCUUUUGAAAAUAAAUGAAAGGUGAUUUGCACAGAUUGUCAGAUUUGUUCUGUAUUUAAACAUGUUUACUAGUGUCAGUAUUGGGAGUAUUUUUGUCACAUUUAUUAUUUUAUGUUAUAGUAUUUUCAGUGCAUCACUGAACCUAGAAAAUGUGAACUGAAAAAUCGCAAUUUAAAUUAGGUAGUUUGAAAGGGAAAUCUGUCAGCAGGCAGAUAACUUAACAGUGUGCAGCAUUGGGAUGGAGUGGAACUGUGCUGUGAGUACAUUUUAAUGAAUCAGUCCACCCGAUCCUCCCUUAGGUCCCUUUCUCUGGUAGUCCUCAACUCAAUGUCAUGGGAUGUACAGAAGUGUGUGUGUUUAAUGUACAUAGUAUGUAAUGUACCUAUCGUUUGUUAUAUGACAAGUCAUGUGAACGUGUGACGUGUAGAUUUUGGGAGAGUGCUAGGUCUGUACAUACUGUAUGAUGUGCCAUGUGUUCGCUGCAUGAAAAAAUAAAUAUUUCUUUCAAUGGA